UGGAAAUGGCUUUUAAUUGGGGAUAUUGGUUGAAUUAUAAUAUGUAUGGAGAUUCAUCAACGUUUUUACUUUGCCUGGUUGCUGUGUUCAACGCCGGAAGAAAUUCUAUUUCAUUCUUUAUGUUGCUGAUUGUUUGCAUGGGAUACGGUGUUGUCAAACCAUCUCUUGGUAGUACAAUGAUUAAAUGUCGUAUAUUAACUUUGGCGCAUUUUGUCUUUGGUGUUAUCUAUGCUGCUGGUACAUUGCUUAUAGAUCCUGAAACUGCAAGUCCUCUAGUGUUUCUAGUUAUUUUCCCUCUAGCUUUGACAAUGACUACAUUUUAUGUCUGGACUCUUCAAUCAAUCACUAAUACACUUCAAACUCUUGAAAUUCGACGACAAACUGUCAAAGCUUUAAUGUAUAAACGACUAUAUAGACUUUUAGUUUUUUCAGUAACAGUUCUCGCUAUCUUCUUUGUAAUUAAUAUGUUCAAUUACGUACAUCGAGAAAAUCCUGACUGGAUACCAAAUAACUGGCAAAAGACAUGGUUUUUAUUGGAUGGAUGGUUGAAUGUUUUAUAUUUGAUUGUGUUCUGUGUAAUUCUUUUUAUUUGGAGACCAACUGAAAACAACAAGAGAUAUCCUUUUUAUUCUAUUUUUAAAUUUCGUGAGGAAUUGAUGCAAGAUGACAUUUUCGAUGCGGAAAGAAAUAUUAGUCGCCUAUCGGAAAGUCCUGUUUAUGAGCAGGAAAAGUACGGAAUUUCUGGUGGUGAUCGCAGUGAAACCGAACGAUUACACGAUGAUGAUGGAUCUGUAGUGUUUGAUAUAGGUGAUGAAAAUGAUGAAAAAUCAACUUUAAGAGAAAGUGGAGAAAUUAGUAAUGCAAGUCGUGAGAUGUUUAAUGAAGAUGAGACUAGUAAUUAUCAGGAUGCUACAGGAACAGAUUAA